AAGUACUGUUGCUUCCAUUUCGCAUCUAGUAAACGCCCCUAGGGUGCACUCUUCACUUCCUUGAUACCAGAUCAAGUUUGUAGUUCGUAGUGGUGCACAGUCUCUGAUUAGCUCGUUGGUCUCGCUAGUAAGUCGCCGGAAUGAUUCAAAAAUUGUUUCAUUAAUUGAACCUCCUUUCAUGACAUUCGACUCGAUCGACUUGUGGCUCAGCAAACUCGGAUAACAAAGGACUGGUGUUCGUUAACAGCGAACAACAUCCAUACGUACACGAUCUGAAUUGAUUCAGAUUGAUCAGUGUCAUUAGUGAUCACUGAUCACGAUAAAGUCUUACAUCUUGCCCAUUUUGAUGGAGGCUCAAACUCCAUGUCUACGUCUCCUAGCUACAGGCUCGAAUGCUCGCGGUCAGCUAGCUAAUGGUUCUGAUGGCGAUUCACAUACUUUCAAAGAGUGCCUCUUCAUGAGCUGCACCGAGGGUGGACUUCCUUCUGGUACGCGCGGAAUUGUGCAACUUGCGACCGGAGCAAACCACACUCUUGUACUGUUGGAAUUCGAUGGCGGAAGAAGGGAGCUUUGGGGGUGCGGAGACGCGAGCAGAGGGCAGCUAGGUCCUGAAUACACAGGACAGUUGACAGAGUUCACACCGAUCAGCAUGCCCUUGUACGAAACUUAUGGUUCACAAGGAUAUACCUGUUGUCUCAUUGCUGCCUCUUGGGAGACAUCAUAUAUUGUCUUAAAAUCCUCAUCUCGGCCAGACGUGCUCAUCUCGAUGGGUUCGAACGACUUUGGGGCACUCGGCGUUGGCACGAAACGAGAUACGUCAACUCCGGCAGUUGUUUCGUUUGAUCACCUCACUGUCGAGGGGCGCUCUGCCGACCCUAGUAGACUCGUUAUCGAGUCCAUUAUGGCAGGACCUCGUCAUGUCGUACUUCAUGUACGACCAAUUCUCAAGAAUGAACACAUGCUCAUUGGCUGGGGUUUGGCCAGACACGGCCAACUAGGGGACAUGAAGAUCGGGAACUAUGAGCUCCCUCGCAUCAUUUCCCUCGAUAUAUCCGCAGAUCCAGUGCAAACAUAUUCUCUUGGUCUCCAGCACACCGUCAUCCUCCACCAGUCAGGGCGGAUCACAGCUUCGGGAUCUAACAAGAAAGGACAAUUGCAUGUGAGGGAUUCUUGGGACCGUGUUCGACAGGUCGGGUGUACAUGGAAUGGGACAUAUCUUCUCAUGAAAGACGAUAAAAACAUCCUUCUAUCCACGGGAAGUAAUGCCCAUGGCCAACUAGGUCGGGGGUUGCAAGGAGAGGAGAGCGGAGUUGGGCCUGUCGAAUUUACUUCAUCACACGAUGACUCAGUUCCUUCGCUGAGAUCGUUUGCUUGUGGCAGCGAACAUGUGAUGGCAGUAAUCUCCCCCGCUGCCUUGUCAGGCAUGGAAGUUUGGGGUUGGGGAUGGAACGAGCACGGGAAUCUGGGGCUGGACCAUACGGGCGAUGUUCUGAGGCCCGUCAAGAUCUGGCCAGCAGGAGGAUACGCGCCGGACGGACAAAUAGUUCGAGUAUGGGCUGGAAAUGGGACCAGUUGGAUCUUGUUACAAAUAUGAAAUACAGGUCUGUUGAAACACAAUGUAUGCGCGAUAGAAAAAACAAUCGACUAUUAAAACUGCAGAGCUGAGGUCACUGAUCAUCCAUGAGGUCCAUGUCGAUGUGAAUUUGCCGGACAGUGGUUUCC